AGUGUGUUUCCAGGUCAUGUGAUCAUUGGCUUUGCCAUGUAUUAUUUCACCUAUGACCCCUGGAUUGGGAAACUGCUCUACUUGGAGGACUUCUACGUCAUGAAGGAGUUUCGGGGCUUUGGAAUUGGGUCUGAAAUCCUGAAGAAACUGAGUCAGACGGCGGUCAGGACUCGGUGCAGCAGCAUGCACUUCAUCGUGGCGGAGUGGAACAAACCCUCCAUUGACUUCUACAAGCGGCGCGGAGCAUCUGAUCUCUCGCUGGAGGAAGGAUGGAGGCUCUUCAAGAUCGACAAGCAGAACCUGCUCAAGAUGACCAAUGAGGAGUGAAGAGAAUGUCAGGAGGAAACCCACUGCAGAAUAUCAUCUAGUGUUGUGUUCAAACUAUGAUUGACCCUCUGGUGCUGGUGUCCACUGAAGUGGACAGAUCGUCACAAAUCAUUUUGAAGCCUUCAGGGUGUUACAUCCAAAACCUUUAAUUCUUACCCAUAAUUCUCUGUGAAUGUCCCCUUUAUAUGUCAUUGCGUUUUUAUGACAAGUUUAAAAUGUGUAAUUCUCUUAAAAUAAGUUAUUUUGAAAGAUUCUUGUUUUUAAAAGGAUACAUUAAGAUAUCUUUUUUCCUUUGUGAUUUAAUAAUUCAUGCAUCAGAGAUUUUUUUGCUUAUGCAAUGCACUGAUGUUUAUAUAGACGUGGCAUAUUUACUUCUCUGUAUACUUCAAGCUUAAAUUCUACUGUAAAAUGAAAAUAAAACAUUUAAAUUAGAA